AUGUUCAAAGCCCGCGAGUAUGCCCAUCACUGCAACACCACCUACUCCACCUCCCCCUCCGGCCCGGUUCAAUCUGCAGCCAUGAAGCCCAACCCCGGUCCCCCUCCCACGGCCCAAAUCGCCAUCGUAACAUGCAUGGACGCCCGUCUUGACCCUUUCUCCAUGUUCAACCUAUCCCUCGGCGAAGCGCACGUCAUCCGCGUAGGCGGCGGUCGAGCGCCCGACGCCCUCCGCUCCCUCAUUGCCAGCGAGCACGUCUUGGGCACAAAGGAAAUCAUGGUCGUUCAUCAUACGGACUGUGGCUACUCCAAGGCGCCUAGCGAGGAUGCGGCGCGGGCGGAAGUGAGGGCGAGUCUGGGUGGGAAGUCGGUGGACUGGAUGAGCUUCAUGUUGCUCAAGAAGGACUUGAAGGAGAGCGUGAGGGAUGACGUGCGUUUCCUGAAGGAGAGUCCGUAUAUCAAGCAAGGGGCGACGAUUUCGGGCUGGGUAUAUGAUACGACUAAGGGGACGAUCGAGGAGGUGGUGGUGGAAGGAGAGGGGGAAGAGGCGGUUGGGAGUAAGGCGGAGGGGGGAUUGGUCUCUGAGAUUAGCAAGGUCGUACACCAGGUCAUUUAG